UGUUAACUAGUCCAUUCUUUAGCUAAUCUACUUUACACUGAUCAUCUUUUCUUUACAAAAAUAUUUCCCUAGAUAUCUUUAAUCCUUAAUUAAAGCUAAGCAAUAGACAUGGGCAGUUACAAAUUCACAAUUCUUCUUCCUUUCUUCAUCGUGUUCAUUGUUUUGAAUUCCAGACUUGGUAAUUCUCAGUUACCACCAGGCCUUUUUCCAGAUCCGUGCAACCAUGUAAAUUGUGUACAAGGAAAAUGUAGAUCAAAUGAUACAAUCAUACCUGUUUGUCAUUGUAAUCCUGGUUGGAAGAACCUUCAAAUUGCCAAUAUUACAAUCCCUCUAUGCAUCAUUCCUGAUUGCACAUUUGAUCUUGAUUGCGGUGGCACAUCUCUUCCUCCUCCAUCACCUUCUCUAAGUGCUUGUUUAUGGUGUGGAUAUGGAACUUGUGUUAAAGAUGGAGAUGCAAAUGUUUGUAAGUGCGAUCAAGGGUCAGCUAAUCUCUUUAACAAGAAAGACAUGCCUUGUUUUAAAGAAUGUUCCUUGGGAGCAGAUUGUAUCAACCUUGGAUUUGAUUUCGGCUCACCACCAGCACCAGGGACAGAAAAUGGUACGUCACCACCUCCUCCAAGUUCCACUUCUUUUGGACUAAACAAAACUGGACAAGGAUCAGGGUCAGCUCAGGAUGCACCAAGUUCCUCAGGAGCUCGUCAAACACUAACGAUGCUCGUUGUGGUUGGGACAUUUCUUUCAUGGUUCUAGAGAAUGCAGAAGAAGUGAAAGAAACAAAAGCUUAUAACAUGAGAAAUGAGAAUACACCGAGGAAAUUCAUUUUCAUUAGUACAAAAAGAGAGAAUUGUUUUUUUAGUAGUAAUAUCGAUCUUCUGAAUUCGCAUUCGCA